UUAAAAUAAGAAAGUCACAAAAGUGACCUCUUUUUAUGGAGAUUGCUCAUAAGAAAUAUUAAAAGUUUGUGCGUGUGUAUGUUUAUCCAUGCGAGUAUUAAUGGACCCCAAAGGAAAAGUUAAUGCUUGGCCGGAUUUCAUACACACCUGUGAUGAUAAACAUGUGAUAAUUUUAAGGGUUUACAUGUGAAUGAUAAAUCAAUCCAAAGAAGGGUUUGUUAUUUGACAUGAUUUAUUAUCAAUGUUUGAUCAUUACAACAAGAGUACCACUAGCAAUUAGUAUUACUGUCAAAAGACAUGAUAUUGAUGGUGCACUAGGUAUCUUGAGAUGGGUUAUGUCAUUUUUGGACAUAUUAAUGAUUCAAAUUUUCUUAAUGUGAGUAUAUUUAUAGCAUUUGUUUUUGUUCUAUUUUCAGCAACUAUUGGUUCGAUAUCUGCUAAUCUGAAUUCGGUUCCGGUCCUUGAUGGAACAAAUUUUAAGGACUGGAAAGAGAACAUGGAAAUUGUUCUUGGCUGCAUGGAUCUUGACCUUGCACUAAGGGUGGAGAAACCCGCUUCUCCUACGGAAUCUAGUACCUCUGAACAGAGGAAAGAUUAUGAGAAGUGGGAUCGCUCCAAUCGCAUGAGUCUUAUGAUCAUUAAGGGCGGCAUUCCUGAGGUCUUUAGGGGUACUAUCUCGGAAGAGAUAAAAGGUGUCAAAGAUUUCCUUGCUGAAAUUGAAAAGCGCUUUGCAAAAAGCGAUAAGGCGGAAACAAGUACUCUUCUUCAGAACUUGAUUUCCAUGAAAUAUCAGGGCAAAGGAAAUAUAAGGGAAUACAUUAUGGGCAUGUCAAAUAUUGCUUCAAAACUUAAGGCGCUAAAGCUUGAGCUGUCGGAUGACUUGCUCAUUCAUUUAGUAUUGCUUUCUCUUCCUGCACAAUUCAGUCAGUUUAAGAUAUUUUAUAACUGUCAAAAGGAGAAAUGGUCUCUUAACGAGCUCAUUUCAUUUUGUGUGCAAGAAGAGGAAAGGUUGAAGCAAGAAAGGAAAGAAAGUGCUCAUUUUGUUAGAACCUCUAAAGACAAGGGCAAAAGAAAGAAAACUAUUGAGCCCAAGAAUGAAGCUGCAGAUGCUCCAGCACAAAAGAAACAGAAAGAGGAUGAUACCUGUUACUUUUGCAAUGUGUCUGGGCAUAUGAAAAAGAAAUGUACUAAAUAUCACGCUUGGCGUGCAAGGAAAGGGUUGCCUAAGCUACCGGAAGCCAAAUGAUGUUGAAAGAUACAUCUAUGUUGGAGAUGGCAAGACGGUGGAUGUGGAAGCUAUAGGGCAUUUUAGAUUAUUAUUGUGUACUGAAUUUUAUUUGGAUUUGAAAGACACUUUUGUGGUACCGUCAUUUAGACGGAAUUUAA